UUGCAAGAGGAACUGGGGCCAGGAGUCUGCAGAAGGAGUAGAUGAAGAAGCAGGGCCAUGCCAGAGCCACUCUCAGGAACCCCCUGAGCCUGUGCCCCUAUCACUACCCACAGGAGCCCAGACACCAACCCUCACCAUGGGCAGCAAGGAGCGUUUUCACUGGCAGAGUCACAAUGUGAAGCAGAGCGGAGUGGACGACAUGGUGCUGCUGCCCCAGAUCACGGAGGACGCCAUUGUGAGCAAUCUGCGCAAGCGCUUCAUGGACGACUACAUCUUCACAUAUAUCGGCUCCGUGCUUAUCUCUGUAAACCCCUUCAAGCAAAUGCCCUACUUCACUGACCGAGAAAUUGACCUCUACCAGGGUGCGGCCCAGUAUGAGAAUCCCCCCCAUAUCUACGCCCUCACCGACAACAUGUACCGGAAUAUGCUGAUCGACUGUGAGAACCAGUGUGUCAUUAUCAGUGGGGAGAGCGGAGCUGGGAAGACAGUGGCUGCUAAGUACAUCAUGGGUUACAUCUCCAAGGUGUCUGGCGGGGGUGACAAGGUCCAGCACGUCAAAGACAUAAUCCUCCAGUCAAACCCACUGCUGGAGGCCUUCGGCAAUGCCAAGACAGUGCGCAACAACAAUUCCAGCCGCUUCGGCAAGUACUUUGAGAUCCAGUUCAGCCGAGGCGGGGAACCAGAUGGAGGCAAGAUCUCCAACUUCCUGCUGGAGAAGUCUCGUGUGGUCAUGCAGAAUGAGAAUGAGAGGAAUUUCCACAUCUACUACCAGCUUCUGGAAGGGGCCUCCCAGGAGCAGCAGCAGAACCUGGGACUCAUGACACCAGACUACUAUUACUACCUAAACCAAUCAGACACCUACAAGGUGGAAGGCACUGAUGACCGGAGCGACUUCAGCGAGACCCUGAACGCCAUGCACGUCAUUGGGAUUCCAGCCAGCGUGCAGCAACUUGUCCUGCAGCUCGUGGCAGGGAUCCUGCACCUGGGGAACAUCAGCUUCUGUGAAGAAGGGAACUAUGCCCGUGUGGAGAGCGCAGACCUCUUGGCCUUUCCAGCCUACCUGCUGGGCAUAGACAGUGGGCGACUGCAGGAGAAGCUGACCAGUCGAAAGAUGGACAGCAAAUGGGGUGGACGCAGUGAGUCCAUUGAUGUGACCCUCAACGUGGAGCAGGCAGCCUACACUCGUGAUGCGCUGGCCAAGGGGCUCUAUGCCCGCCUCUUCGACUUCCUGGUGGAGGCCAUCAACCGUGCCAUGCAGAAGCCUCAGGAAGAGUACAGCAUCGGUGUCCUUGACAUCUACGGCUUUGAGAUCUUCCAGAAAAAUGGCUUUGAGCAGUUCUGCAUCAACUUCGUCAAUGAGAAGUUACAGCAGAUUUUUAUUGAGCUCACCCUGAAGGCGGAACAGGAGGAGUAUGUGCAAGAGGGCAUCCGCUGGACCCCCAUCGAGUACUUCAACAACAAAGUCGUGUGUGACCUCAUUGAAAACAAGCUGAACCCCCCAGGCAUCAUGAGCGUGCUAGAUGACGUGUGCGCCACGAUGCAUGCAACUGGCGGUGGCGCGGACCAGACGCUGCUGCAAAAGCUGCAAGCUGCAGUGGGCACCCACGAGCACUUCAACAGCUGGAGCUCGGGUUUCGUCAUCCAUCACUACGCAGGCAAAGUCUCCUAUGACGUCAGUGGCUUCUGUGAGAGGAAUCGAGACGUCCUGUUCUCUGACCUUAUAGAACUGAUGCAGUCCAGUGACCAAGCCUUCCUACGGAUGCUCUUUCCUGAGAAGCUAGACACAGACAAGAAGGGCCGCCCCAGUACUGCUGGCUCCAAGAUCAAGAAACAAGCCAAUGACCUGGUGUCCACACUGAAGAAGUGCACACCCCACUAUAUCCGCUGCAUCAAACCCAAUGAGACCAAGCGGCCCCGGGACUGGGAGGAGAGCAGGGUGAAGCACCAGGUGGAGUACCUGGGCCUACGGGAAAACAUCCGGGUGCGCAGGGCAGGCUUUGCCUACCGUCGGCAGUUCUCCAAGUUCCUGCAGAGGUAUGCCAUUCUGACCCCUGAGACAUGGCCACGGUGGCGUGGAGAUGAACGCCAGGGUGUCCAGCACCUGCUUCGUGCAGUCAACAUGGAGCCAGACCAGUACCAGAUGGGGAGCACCAAGGUCUUUGUCAAGAACCCGGAGUCGCUUUUCCUCCUGGAAGAAAUGAGAGAGAGGAAGUUUGAUGGCUUCGCCCGUACCAUCCAGAAAGCCUGGCGGCGCCACAUAGCAGUCCGAAAGUACGAGGAGAUGCGGGAAGAAGCUUCCAACAUCCUACUGAACAAGAAGGAACGCAGGCGAAACAGCAUUAACCGGAAUUUUGUCGGGGACUAUCUGGGGCUGGAGGAGCGGCCUGAGUUGCGCCAGUUCCUGGCCAAAAGGGAACGAGUGGACUUUGCCGACUCAGUCACUAAGUAUGACCGCCGUUUCAAGCCCAUCAAACGGGACUUGAUCCUGACCCCCAAGUGUGUGUAUGUGAUUGGGAGAGAGAAGGUCAAAAAGGGACCAGAGAAGGGUUUGGUUCGUGAAGUCCUGAAGAAGAAAUUGGAGAUCCAGGCCCUUCGAGGGGUGUCCCUCAGCACCAGACAGGAUGACUUCUUCAUCCUUCAAGAAGAGGCUGCCGACAGUUUCUUAGAAAGUAUCUUCAAGACCGAGUUCGUCAGCCUUCUGUGCAAGCGCUUUGAAGAGGCCGCGCGCAGGCCCCUGCCCCUCACCUUCAGCGACACACUACAGUUCCGGGUGAAGAAGGAAGGCUGGGGCGGAGGCAGUACCCGCAACGUCACCUUCUCCCGAGGGAUAGGAGACUUGGCUAUGCUCAAAGCUGGGGGCCGAGCUCUCACUGUCAGCAUUGGGGACGGUCUGCCUAAGAGCACCAAGCCUACGCGGAAGGGGUUAGCCCAGGGAAGACCUCGAAGGUCAGCGCAGGCCCCUACUCGAGCAGCUCCUGGGCCCCCCAGAGGCAUGAAUCGAAAUGGGGUACCACCUUCUUCCCGAGCGGGGCCCUUACCCAUGGAGAUCACAUCUGGAAGGAGUUCCCAGAGGCCUCCCCGGGGCCCUCCAUCCUCAACCCUAGGAGCCAGCAGACGUCCCCGGGCACGGCCACCUUCAGAGCACAACACAGAAUUCCUCAAUGUGCCUGACCAGGGUGUGGCAGGCAUGCAAAGGAAGCGGAGCAUAGGGCAGAGACCUGUGCCAGGUGUGGGCCGGCCCAAGCCCCAACCACGCAUCCAUGGCCCAAGGUGCCGGGCACUGUACCAAUACAUAGGCCAAGAUGUGGACGAGCUGAGCUUCAAUGUGAAUGAAGUAAUUGAGAUCCUCAUGGAAGAUCCCUCUGGCUGGUGGAAGGGCCGACUCCAUGGCCAGGAAGGUCUCUUCCCAGGAAACUAUGUGGAGAAAAUCUGACUAUCCGCCCACCAGUCUGCCUGCUUGCCUGCCAGGGAGCCACACCCUGCCAGUGGGAGCUUUGAUUUCCCUGGCUGCACUGGCCGGAAUGCCCAGGCCUGUGGCCUCCAGCCCAGUGAGGGCCCUGUGUGUGGAGGAUCACCACCGUCACACCCCAUGCCUGGUGCUGGCCUCCCAUGGGUUGAGUCGCUGUCCAAGUCUCUGUUUCAUCAUGUGUCCGAUAGGAUUCGCUGCAGAACCUACCUCCCAACUGCCUUGUGUGUGUGAAACGAGUGAGCGCCAAGUGCUGUGCACAGCCCAGGGUCAGGGGACUUUGACAGUCGGGCUCUCCACCUUGCUCUCAUUACUGAGGCAAAUAAACACGUCAGGUGAAAACAAGGAGAAAAUUACUGAGUUCUGGGGCUGGGGAUGUGGCUUAGUUGGUAGAGUGCUUGCUUCUCAACAUGAGGCCCUGGGGUUCCUCAGGACCACAUUAAAUCGGGCAUGGUGGUGCAUGGCUGUGAUCUCAGUAGUCAAGAGACGGGACAGGGAGACCGAGAGUGCAAUGUCAGCCUUGACUAUACAGUUGAUUGUAAAAACAACAUAUAUAUUUGUGUGUGUGUGUGUGUGUGUGUGUGUGUGUGUGUGUGUGUGUGUGUGAGGUCUGAGGACACCUUUGUGAAGCCAGUUCUCUCCUUCCCCCAUGUGGAUUCCGGGAGUCAAACUUAUGUCAUCAAGCUCUGUGGUGAGGCCUUAGCCCCCAAGCCGUCUCACCAGCCCUAAAUAACCAAUGUUGAGGAUGUCCUGGGCGAUAUAAGACUUUCGUGUGGGGGUGAGGAAACUGCUCCGAAAAGUCCUGCUUCUGCGUUUGCCUCAGGAAACCAACCUUGGCUGGGAAAACAAGCACAGGAUGUAGCUGGACCUCAUCGGGUCUCCUGUUGGCCAAUCAUUCUGCAAAAGCAUUUAACUGUCCUUGAGUGUGGCUGGACCCUUCCGCCUCUGAGUUCUUAUACACUCCAGUUCAGAAGCACUUGUAUAGCAUGGGGUUAAAUCAGUACUGAGAGAGAAAGAGAGAGAGAGAGAAAAUAAUGACUUAUUAUAUAGACCAGGCUAGUCUUUUUUGUUUGUUUGUUUGUUUUUCGAGACAGGGUUUCUCUAUAGCUUUGGAGCCUGUCCUGGAGCUAGGCUUGAGCCACCACCACCACCCAGCUCAGGCUAGUCUUGAACUUCUACAAAUCUGUCUGCCUUUGCCUCCCAAGUUCUAGAAUUAAGAUUUAUUUAUUUUAAAUAAUUUUUUGAGAUUAUGAAAACAAUUACAUCACUUUCCCCUUCCUAAAUACAAAAAUACAACCUGCUCAGUCUAUAACAUCAAUGCAUGUAUGUGCUUUCAGGGUUGACACCUCGUCCUGGAUAACCAUGGUGUGCUCUUCCCUGGGGAAGACUGUUUCUCAUGCUCUCAGCAUCCCUUAAUUGCCUGUAACUCUUUGUCUAGGGUUGAGGCCUCACAAGCAUGGCCCCCCAAUGGCUAUGGUGAAGGAGGAGGGUCAGUGAGAUGGCCAGCAGGCCAGUGUGCUCACUGUUCACUCCUGGCAGAGCCCACAUAAAGGUGGAUGGGGGAGAGCUGACUAUGCAAAUCUUUCCUCUUUCAACCCCCCUCCUGCUAACAACAAACAGGGGCUGCAGAGAUGGAUCGGUGGUUAAGAGCACUGCUCUUGUAGAGGACCAGGGUUUGAUUUCCAGUACCCACAAGGUGGCUCACAACCCAUCCAUAACUCCAGUCUCAGGGUAUCCAACACCUUCUUCUGGCUCCCCUGGGCAGCAGGCACACACGAGGUACACAUACACA